GAGUCAGUGUGAAGAGGCCGGGAGAAGCACAUGCAGUGUGUCGGGAUUUAAGGACGGACCAGAUCUCUGGGUCACAUAGCAACACUCACAGCAACUAGUGGCUUAUUAAAGUAGGUACUGAAACGAGACCAACCAAAAUUUCAGCCACAGUAUGUGCCGCUACAUACUUCCAGUUGUUUAUGUGAUGUGGUAACAGAGAACAUACUGUCCCAUCUUUAUCUUCCUGCUGAAUAUAUAAGUGCAGCCUGUAUGUGAGAGGCUGGUGAGUAACCUUGCUUUAAUAUUUUUGGGGGGUUCUCUGCUUUACGUGAAGAAUUUUCACUAAGAACGGACACAAGAGGUCGGGCGCAGGCUUCACUAAAAUGGGAAAUUCUGCAUGUAAGCAUUAUUAUCCUCGCCUACAAGGCAACAACAUAUUCCAUAGUGUUGUACAGCUGGAUAACUAGACUUGUGAGCUUACACAUUAGUUGAUAUUAAAAGGGAAAAUGCCAUUUUGAAGAAUGGUGAAAUAUGAGGACAGCAAGCCCCUUCUGGCAGUAAAACGCAUCCAUUCAGGGGUUAGGUUACCAGAAGAUAAUCCCAGAGACAUCCAAUUUCCAGUCAGGUUGGGGGGUGGAAGAGAGUGGCACAAGUGAUCUGGAACCAGGCAGAUGGGUUUAAAUGAAGUGGAGACCAGGCAAACAAAUCCCUUAUCCACAUCAUUAACAGGGCAGCGCAAAGCAUUUAAGAGAUAUUAAAAACAAAGCAAAGAGCGUGGAAAUGAUAAAAAAACUAUUUGGAUGAGUACUUUGACUGCAUUUAAAGCCCACCGUACGGUUUGACCAGUGCACACAUGUGGACAAUCACUUGAUUUCCAAAUACCAUCUCUGUCAGCAAAGGGGUUAAGCAACCACCUCCCACAAACACAAAAAUAUCAAGACUCUCCUAGUGUGGCAGAAGAAAGGAGGAUGAAAGGCUAGCGAUUAGAGCAGAGAGCUAGCACAGGAGAGUAGCCUUCAUCACUCGGGUACAAGGAUAAACACCUUAUUUACACACUGAACACAGAGUUACAUCCAAUGCUUCUCAAAACUCUUGGACUCUAAUACCUGGCUUGCCUUUCUACAGGCAUGGCAAAGUGCCCUUUCUCUGCCGGCAUACUCACAGAGAUGGAUACAGAUUUUUUCUAAAUGUCCUUGGAAUGGAUAUCAUUGGGAACUGGGACAUGCUAGUGGUAACAUUGGCAUCUCCUCAGUGAGCCAGAUCACCAGCAGACACAAUCUCCAUUCCCUGGCACAACAUGCCAACUCUCAACCCUUCUUAUUCAGUGGGUGUCCCCAAUACCACUGCAUCAGUUGCAGUCCCAGAGAAAUGCUGGCUGGCUCUGCUCACCCUUAUGGUCAUUGUGCCCACUAUUGGAGGCAAUAUCUUGGUAAUCAUGGCAAUUUCUCUGGAGAAAAAGUUACAGAAUGCCACCAACUACUUCCUCAUGUCACUGGCUGUUGCAGACCUUUUGGUUGGAAUAUUUGUGAUGCCCGUCGCCCUCAUCAAUAUUCUUUUCAAUCAAGUCUGGCAACUGCCACAGUGCGUGUGCGCCAUAUGGCUAUUUCUUGAUGUCCUGUUUUCCACAGCAUCCAUCAUGCACCUGUGUGCCAUAUCUCUGGAUCGCUAUAUUGCCAUAAAAAAGCCUAUACAAGCAAGUCAAUACAACUCCAGAGGGAAAACGCUCAUCAAAAUCACUGUGGUAUGGGUCAUAUCAGCAGGCAUUGCUUUUCCUAUCCCGAUAAAAGGUCUCCUAGACCCAAACACCACCUUCAGCGCAAGCUACACCUGUGUCAUUCAAGUAGAGCCUUUCAAAUAUUUCAUUAUUUAUGGUUCCAUGGCUGCUUUUUUUGUCCCAUUUGGGAUCAUGGUGGUCAUUUAUUUCCUGACAAUCCACCUACUAAGGAAGAAAGCAUAUUUAAUCAAGAACAAGCCACCGCAGCGCCUCACAUGGUCCACAGUGUCUACUGUCUUCCAGAGAGAUGCGACUCCUGGCUCUUCCCCAGAAAAGAUAGCCAUGAUAGAGGGUGCACGAAAAGAUGGGACACUCAGUAUUACUGGGGAAGAACUACCCAUUCGCAGACUAUCCAGUGUUGGUAAGAAGUCUAUGCAAACAAUCACAAAUGAACAGAGGGCUUCAAAAGUCCUAGGGAUAGUUUUUUUUCUCUUUGUCUUCAUGUGGUGUCCAUUUUUCUUAACCAAUGUGGCCUCAGUUCUUUGUGGGGAAGAUCAGUGUGAUGAAGAUGUCAUUAAGAUGCUGAUGGAUAUAUUCGUGUGGGUGGGGUACAUUUCCUCUGGUGUCAACCCGCUGGUUUACACCCUUUUUAACAAGACAUUUCGCGAUGCAUUUCGCCGCUAUAUUAAAUGUGACUUCCAUGGCAUGCAGUCAGUAAAGCUCUUGAGGAAUUGCUCUAGUCGCAUCUCAUUUCGGAAUUCUAUGGCUGAGAAUUCCAAAUUAAUUAUGAAACAUGGAAUGAAGAAUGGGAUUAACCCAGUCAUGUAUCAGAGCCCUCUGAGGCUAUGCAACGCUCAGCUUGAAUCAUCCGCUAUCUUAUUGGACACUUUAUUACUUACAGAGAAUGAAGCUGGGAAGACAGAGGAACAAGCAAGCUAUGUGUGAGCUGGAUACAAACUGUUAAACCAUCAUAAAGUGCAAAGUACAAGUUAAAUAGAUGCUGGAGAAUAAUUUGUACAUUAUUUAUAAAAGUCAAUGCUGAAAAACCUAAAUGGAAGGUUACUUGUAUAGUGAUCAUCCUCAGGAAAGACAAGCUACAGCAACUUGUCUUCUAAUUCUAAAACUACAGAGGUAUUACAUGGGCAUGUGAGCAGUAACUCAGAUAAGCCAUGACUACUACUCCAAAGAACAGCUGCAGAGGGCGUCAUAUAUGGAAAACUGACAUGCGGAUAUUGCAGCCUGUACAAUGCUUUAAAUAAAGACUGGUUAAUCAUUUGUGAGCACAGAAAUAAUAUCAGUUUACCGGCAGUAUGCCUGGAAUAACAAGGUGAAAUGAGGUAUCAAUCAGACAGUCAGUUGCUGCUGAAGAGGCUUAAGGAACAGAUGGACUAGCCACUGAGAAACAGUGUUAUUGGAUACUGAAUGCGAUAACAUCCAAAUUAAUUUGCUGCCUCUUGGAUUUAUAUUGAAAAGCCAAGAAAAUUAAAGCACUUAAGGGUUAUAUGAUUCUAAACAGGGUUGGAACGUCUGCACUUCCAGUCAUGCUGCACUCCCUUACCUUACUGGUAAGCAGCGAAUGUAAUCAGAAUGUUGGAAAAGCUAUGAUAAAUCAGGGUCACUUUGGCAGGUUCUACCUGCUACUUAUGGUUGUAAUGUUGUUUUUAAAGGGGAAAACAAGAUAAUAAACCUACAAAAAUAC